AUGGUCUUAGAUGCAACUGCGGCUUGUCUAUCAGCACACCCAAUGGUUAUGAAAAUUCUCGGCGCAGACCAUGAUUCCGCUCACUCUCAGAACCGAUCGAUAACUCAGGCUCAUAGUGGUACCUCCGUUACUUCCACAUCAAAUACCGUGACUUCAUCUUCAGACGCCUGUAUGAACAUUGUUCAUAGUCUUAUGUGCCAUCGUAAAAAUGGUGAAUCAGAAGAGUUUUCCAAAUUCGCUAUCGAAAGUCUAAUAAAGAAACUCAAGGAUCGUAGAGAGGAGUUGGACUCUCUUAUCGUUGCAGUGACUAGUAAUGGGGCUACUCAGAGUGGAUGCGUUACCAUUCAAAGGACGCUUGACAGCCGGAUGCAGAUUGCCGGCCGGAAGUGUUUUCCUCAUCUUAUCUACGCUCGUCUUUGGCGUUGGUCAGAUGCUCACAAAACAGAGUUGCGUCAUCUACCCUUCUGUCAUUAUGGUUUUGACAAAAAACUCGAUUGGGUUUGCGUGAACCCCUAUCACUACGAACGCAUUGUUUCGUCAGCUUUGGAUAUCUCAUCUUUAGCUUUAAGCCCACCGGUUGAAAGACGGAAAACUGGUCUACGAACGGAGGAUACUGUCUUUGAAAGUAAACAACGUCGUCAUAGUAGUGACAUUCAGCAUCAAGAUACCGUCCAUCCUGCUUCUAUGCUUCGGCUCAGUGUUCAGUCACUUCUUGAUGAAAGUCCACUGCGUACGUCCUUCAUGUUUAUUUGUUGGCUAAUUUCAGAUUUUCAGUUGAAGACCACGUAA